AUGGGUGGCGAACGUUACAGUCACACUGGAGGUGGAGUGAACUAUCUUUGCCUUCCAAACACUCCAAAGUACGACAGAUACAGAGACGGCUCUCAAGCGGUAGGAUACGUUUACGGCGCCGAGUAUGAAGUUAAUUCCUACAGUGGGUAUCCUCUCAGACGAAAUCUCCAUGAUCAUGAGGCGCCGUGCGCUGUCUGUUAUGUGAAGUCACGUGGCUCAAUGCUGAUGAUGCCUGCAAGGGAUGAUUGUCCAUCUGGGUGGACCAAGGAGUAUCAAGGGUAUCUGAUGACUUCUCAUCACGGUCACAACAACCAAAAAGACUUCGUCUGUGUUGAUAAAGACCCAGAGUAUGUUCCAGGGUCCCAUAAGGAUAUGGAUGGUGCCUUACUAUACCACGUUGAAGGGCAAUGUGGUUCUCUUCCAUGUCUUCCAUAUGUUCAACAUCGAGAGCUGACAUGCGCGGUGUGCACAAAGUGAGAGUGAACGUUGCACAAACCUUAUGUAGGCGAAAACACUGUAGCCCAAACGCUCAAGAGUAUAUGUUUUUAUCAUAAAAGAUAUAUUGUAAUGAAAAAGGCAGACAACGCAAUGCCUUUCUGUUUAGAAAUGGACUUGAAAAUCUAUCAGCUCUUUUAAAAAACGGUGUUCUUAAUAAUAUGUCCAACGUAGAUCAAUUGAAUGAGUAUAUCCUUUGGUACUUCAGUGGUCUGAUGCCAGUGCAGUUUAAGGUCAUUACAGGUUAUAUUAAAAAAUUAAUACGGCCGUUCGGAAUACAUGAAGGUUCUUUUGGUUAUUAAGAACAAAGCAAUUGUACUAUAGCAUAAAGUAUCCUUGCACAUCAAUAGUUAACUAAUGUAGGUAGAAACAAAUUCUUAGCUAAGUAAAAUACUAAAAUUUUUUGGAGACUUCAAUAAGAUAAAAACAUCAGGACUCUUUCUGAGUAGAACUAACACGGUACUUUUUCUAGGCAAAAUGAAACACGCGGACGGAAGGUCUCGAUCCGCCACUGGCAUGGUAUUCCAUAGAUGCAGCGAGUCAUAGAAUAAAUGUAAUUUUUGCAAGAAUUUCCAAAAAUUGUGAUUCAUCAGAUACGGCCUAAAGCUUUGGUGGUAAUUCAGGGCAAAGCAAAAUAAAAGAGUUGCUAUAACAUUAAGUCGUCAAUAGUGUCAAAUUAAUAUGGGUAUAUAGAAACAAAUUAUCAGGUAAGUAAAACAAUGUUACUUACAUACAUACAUACAUACAUACAUAUCCUUUAUUUUAACACGAUAAGUAUGAUUUAAAGUUCAAAGCUUGUGGGGUCGUGCAAAAAUAAUUACAAAUGGAUAAAACUAUAUAAAGAGGUAAGAAUAACAUUACUUACAAAAUACAACUGCAAUAAAAGUUACCUCUAAGUAAAUUUUCACCAUAAACAGAGAGCUGUAAGCUUUUUUACCUUUAUAUUAUCAGCAUUAUUACAAAGUAAAACUUACCACAUCAAUAGUAGAACAAAAGUGCUAAAAAAAUUCGUUUUUGAGAGCGUUUUCACCCUGGCUGUUAUUUUAAGGCCUCUCGCAAUAUUUCGAAGGUGAUAGCUGCAUGGUGGGGCAAGCAUUUCACUCUCAUUGUGUAGGCAUUCAAAAUUGAAUGAUUGGAGGGGCGGCAGUUAGUGAAGGUGGAUGCAGUAUUCCCAACAAUUAACAUUGUGUGCAGUACGAAUGGUUAACUCAUCAUCGAACUUAAUUAUCGCCGAGCUGAAGAUAUAUAUUCGCGACUACAUAAUUUGAUUUACUGUAGGUGUGAAAGAAAUCAUUUGAAAGAACAAAAUUUUAAAAUAACUACUUUCUUAAGGUAUAAUGGGUGGCGAAUAUUACACUCACACUGGAGGUGGAGCCGGAACUAUCUUUGCCUUCCACACAAUCCAAAGUACGACAGAUACAGCGACGGUAAUCAAGACACAGGAUAUGUGUUCGGUACUGAAUAUGUGGUCGGUUCCUACAUUGGGUAUCCUUUCAGACGAAAUCUCCAUUACCAUGAGGCGCCUUGUGUUGUCUGCUAUGUCAAAUCACGUGGUUCAAUUCUGA